AUGUCUGCCCCUGGUGCUGGUCAUGAAUUUCCUGCCAAGGAUGUCUCCUGGCAGAAGCGCGACGUUUUGCUAUUCGCUAACAGCAUUGGCGUGAAGGCCGACGAGCUGCACUUCCUCUACGUACCAUUCAAGCUCACCGACCAGGAGGUGACCGAUUUUUAUGCGCGCCAGCAGGCCGUCCACAUUCCAGGCGUGCCGAACUUGGACCACCGCCAUGGUGUCGAUGGCCAGCGCAAGCUCACUGUCUUGAAGCCGCUCCCUCCAACCAGUGCCGGCCGGAAAUUCGAACUGCGUAGCAAGGUCAUUGGUGUCUACGACAAGGGCAAGCCAGGCACCGUCAUUGAGACCGAGCAGUCAAUAGUCGACAAGGAGAGCGGCGAGGUGUAUAACAAGGUUUUGACCAGCGGUUUCUUGGUCGGUCAAGGCAACUGGGGCGGUCCUAAGGGUCCUGCCACCGUCAACUUUCCUCCACCCCAGGGCAAGAGCCCGGACGCCGUUCACGUUGUCCAGAGCAACAUGGAGACUGCUCACCUCCUGAACGGUGAUUAUAACCCUCUGCAUGCCACUCCCGAGCCUGGCCAGAAGAUGGGCUUUGGUGGCAUCAUCAUCCACGGUCUGUUCAGCUGGAACUCUGCCGCUCACGGUAUCUUACGGGAGCUUGGCGGCAGUGAUCCAGCUAACCUCAAGGAGUUCCAGGCUCGCUUUGCUUCGCCUGUUCGUCCGGGUGACAAGGUGACUACUGAGAUCUGGCGCAUGGGCAAUGCGCAAGCGGAUGGCUUUGAGGAGAUCCGUUUCGUCACCAAGAACCAGACCGGGAAGGUGGUCUUGAGCAAUGGCCGUGCCCUGCUGAAGGUUGUCGGUGCCAAGAGCAAGCUGUAA